CAUCUGAGAGAGGUUAGAAAACGUGCUCCUCCUUAUCACGCUUAUCAUUGUGGAAAUUAGAUGUCAGUUUCUUGCAGUUUUUUUAAGUGUUCGGUGUUUUUAAAAAUGUGACCGUGAAUGUAAUUCUGCGGAUCUUCAUGUGAUUUUGUAGAUUUUACAAAGCAAAGAAAGUGUUACUCUCUCGGGCUAGCAAUUUUUCGUGAAAAAAGUAUCAAAAUCAUGGCCGCAGAGGCUCAAGUGUCAGAAGUUCCCAUUGAACGCAGAUUUUUCAAAUCCCUUUUCAGCAGAUGCCGUGUCUCCUGUGUUAAGUUUCUAGAUCACUUCAUUAUUGCAGGAGUUGGAGAUGUCUUGCACAUUUACAACAUUAAUACAAAAAAAAUUGAAUCCAAGAAACAAAUCCUCCAAGGCCAAAAUAUUUAUGGUAUUACCUUCCUUGAAGAUUCUUCUGAAGUUUCAAGUAGAGCAAUCAUUUGGGGCGGAAAAGAGUUCUCUAUGGUCUCUGUCAGUUUCAAUGGUACAAUAAAUGUGACUGUGAUUGAUACCUGGCUUGACAGCAUAUGGAUUUGGGAUGUAAAAUGGUUUGAUGCUAACUCAUUUCUGACCGUGGGAAUGAAUAACUCUGUGACACUGUGGAAGUGUAGUUCAAAAUCCAAAGAAAGCAUUGCCUACUGUGAGGACCAGUGUAUUGUGUACUCAGGUAAAAUUAUAGGAGCCUCUUGGACUACUUGUGUCAUUUUGGUAGGAACUGUCAUGCAAAAUAUUUUGAUCUGGAAACCCACUGAUUCCAUUAGUCCAACAUUAUUCACUUUGAAAGGACAUAAGGGCGCUAUUUUCUCCGUCAACUACUGCCCAAAAUCAAAUCUUAUAGUCUCAACAUCUGACGAUAGGACUGUACGAUUUUGGAAAGUCAAUUUCAAGACCGAAAAUGAUUGGACAACUGCCAAUAUUGCACUCACUUCCACAAUAUUUGGUCAUACAGCACGUGUAUGGCAGAGUGCAAUUUUGAACGAUUCAAAAAACAAAAAUAUUAUCAGCGUAGGAGAGGAUGGUAUGUUGUGUGCUUGGACCGAAAAAGGUGAAAAUACAAUGCGGAAAGAAGCACAUCAAGGAGCAUCCAUUUGCGCUGUAGAUGUGAACGCAUCUGCCGGAUUGAUAGUAACUGGUGGAGCCGAUGGUGGACUGUGCUUGUGGUCAGUUACAAAUACAUCUGAAGUCGAAACAAACCACGUUGACUUCAAUUUUGACUCAUGCCUUGCUGAUAUUCAUGAGAUCAAUAAACCUCAACAAUCAGCAAAAUGUGAUACCUCUGAAUCUGUGAUAUUAGGAAAUGAAUUAAGUAAAGAAUUCAAUAGUCUAAGUCCCUUCUCUAGCUCCAGUGUCUGUAGAGCCACUUCAGAAGAAACUAGUGCAUCAAGUGACCUCUUGAAGAAUUUUUCUAUGACAAAUUCUACGAACUCUCUCCUAGAUGGCUGUGAUUUCUGUCCCAGUGCAUUCAGAUGCUCUAAUUUGAAAAGCUUAGUUUUAGUGAAAAGUGGUAAUGUGAUUGCCUCUUUAGACAAAGGCUUCCUUUUAGGUAGCUCUUUAAAUAGUGUUAAGUGGAAGCUUUUAUUCUACGACAGGAGAUUUUCCAAUUAUCAUCUAUUGUCAGUUUCCACGUCUAGGAAGUUUGUCUCACUUGCCUCUAUCUGUGGAACUGUUUUGUUAUUUCAAGACAAUAGUAGUGAUGGGACUGUCAAAAUUACCCUCCUAUCUGAAGUUCAAAUCAAUUCGAGUAAAAUAUUUUCCAUCCACUGGUUAAGUGAUGAAAUUUUCGUCACCUGUGUCGCUGAGGGACUCCUGGAACUUUGGCAUCGUAUCGAUGAAAAUGAUUCAACAGUUGUUGAAAGACAUGAAGAAUGUAUUUUACCAGCAAACAAAGAGCGUUGGUUAACAUGUGCAUCACUGUCAGGGCUCCAUUUACUCUGCGGCGAUAGAAUUGGAUCAAUUUAUUUUUACGAUUUAGAAACUUCAAUGAAUGUGUCUCAAACUUUUAAGAAAAUUCAUCAAGGUGGAGUGUGUGAUGUCCGAUGGAAUGAGGAAACGGGAGAAGCCUAUUCUAUCGGAAGGGAUGGUUAUAUUCGUCAUUGGACGAAAAAUGAUGCCAAAUUGGAACUUUUACUCACGGAAAAAUUACCGAUUAAAUGGCCAACCAGGAUAUUCCUGAAUCAAACACUUGGAAUCAUUGUGCAUGGGUUCACUGCGAAUCAAGUGAUAGUUUGGAGUUACAAUGAGCGGAAAAUUUUGUUGAGGGAAGAAUGUGGCGGCGGACACCGUUCCUGGGACUGUAUUCUGAAUGAAAAACUUGUACUCGUUUGGAUCAAGGACAAGAGUGUGCAUGUCAAAUGUUACCCUGUUGAUAACUUUUCCAACUCUGUUUUCCUGGAAGGAUUUCACUGCAAGGAAAUAAACUCACUCACUGUUUGCAAAACAAUUUCAGAAGAUGGAGAGCACUUUGAUAUCCUCCUCACUGGAAGUGAAGAUACCACUUUGAGAAUAUCUUCUAUAACCUCGUUGAACUUAGAUUCACAGUCAAAUUUCUUUGAUCAGUGUGUGGUCCGCAGUCAUGUUUCCAGCAUCAGAGCCUUGGCAUCUAUCUCAUGGGGACGGGAAGAAACUUCGAAUGAUCAACAUUCAGAGGAUUCAACAACUUUUUCAUCUGGCAACAUUGAGUAUUUGAUCGUGUCUGCUGGUGGACGAGCUCAAAUCAAAGUUUGGAGUUUGACUAUGGCUGCAUCAAAAAUCAAGAAAAUGGUUGAGCUGGCAUCUCAUAUGUUAAGAGGUGACGAUAGAUCUAGAAGAACUGAGAAACAAGAUUCAGGUGAACCAGAAGCAAGAUACAUGGCGGUGGAUGUAGUUUGCUUAUCUCGAAGAGCUGUUUUCAUUUUUACAGCCUGCUCAGAUGGCGUCAUCAGGAUAUUUCAUUUUAGUGACGAUUCAAGGAAGAUUUCGGUGGUAGCGGAAAUAUACUAUCAUGAGGCUUGUAUAUUGGGGAUUCGCAUAAAACAAAUCAACAAAGAUGAUCAAAAAAAAGUAUUUCGAUUUUUAAUGUUGACCAUGACCACUGAAGGCGUUGUUGCUGUGUGGGAAAUCGUGGCCAAGAGUUCUAGUAUGGACAAACUUUCUUGUGGCUACACCAUCCAGAGCCCAGCAACUCCUCUAUUUACCUUCGACGCUCAUCAGUCAGGAAUCAAUAGUCAUGACUUGCAACCACUUGGUGAGGCUUUUAUUCUGGCAACUGGUGGAGAUGACACUGCCAUUACUUUAAGCUAUUUUCUGCUGGAUGAAAAACGCCUGGUGAAACAAUUUACGUUUGAUUGUGCUCAUGAAGCACAAGUCUCAGGCAUAUUAUUCUGUCGUGACAAUCCUUGGAUUUUUACUACCUCAACAGAUCAGCGAAUUAUACUUUGGGCUUACACUUAUGGGACAAAUUUAUCUCUACAGUAUGUAGCUGAGUAUCAAUCAUUCAUAGCAGAUAUUCAUGGAUUGAGUUUCUUAGACCCGUUUAAGUAUACAGUUUGCGUGUACGGAUGUGGCCUUGAAUUGGUGACUUUUGAGAAGGAAAUUUACAUCAAUUCAGUACGGAAAGAAGAGGAAUCCGUGAGUCCUUUGCAGGAAUGAAAACCUUGCAAAAAUGACUGACUGGGAAAUGGUGCAAAACACUGUCAGUACCCAUGUCGAAAUCAAGCAAUUUUUUAAUGUUUAAAAAAAUUCUAAUCUUAGUCAUGUAUCAAAAAAAAAGGAUUUCCAUCAAUGGAGAUCAGUAUAUGUCAAAAAACAUCUGUGCUAUGUUAAAGUAUUACAGCUGCAUUGUGGUCCCCACUUUGGACUACCGAUUUUGUACCUUUAUCGUGCCUUAACUGAAAACUAUGAAAAUUCCAAACUCUUCGAAGUAAAACGUAUCUCACAUUUA